GGAGGACAUAGACUCAAGGAAGCCUCAAAUCCCUAAUCCCCAUCUCUUCUAACUGGGAGACCUAUUCCUCGCUCCGGUCACUUUCUCCCACUUCCUCUGUCGACGCCGUCUUUUGCUUCGUCCUCCAUCGACGCUGUGUUUCCAUUGUCUGCCUUUAACUUCGCAGCUUCCUCAUCAUAGUCGCUUUGUCCGUCACCCUAAAUCUCGUUGCCUCCAUUAUUACUUGUUUAGAACCACUUCCCUUGUUGUUCCUGUUGCCUCCGUCGUUGGCAUCGUGGGUUCAUCGUUGGUUCUCUCCGGGUGAAAAUUGGUCUCAAUUGGCAUUCAACUCCUCUGGAGCAUCAGAGUCGUGGGUUAAGUACAUGCUCAAGCGAAUCUCUCUUAUUCCAAUUCAUUAGUAAAGAUCAUUUGAUAGAUGGUACUAUAGGAGCUCAUCGAUUGGCUGUGGACUUGUAGAGAAUGUAUGGAAGAGCAGCUGGUCUUGAUAGAUUUAAGAAAGCUCAAAGCUUGGAACCAUUUUCUGUUUCAGCCAAUGCAUCUUCAAAACCUAGUGCUCAGCCAGGCACUAAAUUAGCCAGCCACUCCUCUGCUUUGUCUUCACAACCUCAAACUUCUUUCCAUCAAGCCCAGCAUCAACAACAGCCACAACAAGGGGCACAGCAGCAUCAUGCUUCUCAUGGAGCUGCAGGAUUAGAGGCAGCUCCAUUGUUGGGGCAGACUCAGCAGGCAACACAAGUGGGUGGAGGACAAUCAACAUGGCAGCCCCCAGAUUGGGCAAUUGAGCCUCGCCCAGGUGUUUAUUAUCUAGAAGUUUUGAAGGAUGGCCAGGUAUUGGAUCGAAUCAAUCUGGACAGGCGGAGGCACUUAUUUGGGAGGCAAAUCCAAACUUGUGAUUUUGUGCUUGAUCAUCAAUCAGUUUCUCGUCAACAUGCAGCAGUCAUUCCUCACAAGAAUGGAAGCGUAUAUGUAAUUGAUUUAGGAUCUGCUCAUGGUACAUUUGUUGCUAAUGAGCGAUUGACUAAGGAUUCACCGGUUGAGCUUGAAGUGGGACAAUCUCUGCGAUUUGCUGCAUCAACAAGAACUUACAUAUUAAGAAAGAAUGAUGCAGCUUUGUUUCCUCGUCCUCCACCGCCCGCGGAGAUUAAUUUACCUCCCCCUCCUGAUCCCUCUGAUGAAGAAGCUGUGGUUGCAUACAACACACUUAUAAAUCGUUAUGGCCUUGGCAAAGUCAUUCAAGGGUCUAGAACCGUCGAGUCUGGAAAAUCAGUGAGCAGACAAAAUGACAACCAUCAAUCAGACCGAGCUUCUAAGAGAAUCAGGAAGAUGAGAGUCGCCUUCAGGGACCAAUUAGGGGGAGAAUUAGUUGAGGUUGUUGGGGUUUCAGACGGUGCAGAUGUAGAAACAGAACCUGGUCCAGUGGGAGUUAAAGAAGGAAGUCUUGUUGGGAAAUAUGAAUCCCUUGUACAGAUCACAGUAAUACCUAGGGGAAAAGAGCAGUCCGCUGUAAAGGAAGCUGAUUCAUCCCAGAAAGGGGUGACCGAUAAACUGCAAGAAGUCUUGAAAAAGGUUAAAACUACACAGAAAGGUGGGAUCUAUGACGACCUUUAUGGAGAAUCAUUUUCUGCCAAAGUUGGAUCUUCCUGGGCCUACGCAUCUGUCAGUACUGGUGAGGGAGCUCCUCCAGCUAAGGUUGAGGAAGGUAAUACCUUCAGCGGAAAACCUGACAAUAAUCUGGGUAGUGUUGAUGGAGACAAUGAUGAUGAUGACGAUUUGUUUGGGUGACUAGUUAACCCCUUGAGACCUAAUUAUGGAAUAGACUUGUGUUUGUUCUGUAACGGAGUUUCACAAGAUGACGAGGAGCUGAAAAGACACUGGAAAUUGCAUUAUAUGCUUCUUUUGUUUUGUGGUUUAAUUGUUGUAAUGCAUCCACAUUUUUGUUUCCCCCUGCAUUCUCCAUCAACUCUAAUACAGAAAGAUCUGGGUUUCAUGGUAAAAUGGUGUGUUGAUAUUAUCUUUA